UAGGAGGGGUACACGCUUCGAUGGUUGGAUCGCUUCAUCCAACACAGUUGCAACACUUCCAUUCCGAUCUCCAUACUAUGCAGUUGCUGCAUUCUGUGAAGGAAGACUAAAGCAUGGAACUGUAGUGAAAAAAAAACAUCAUCAGUCACAAAUUUUUAAAAAUAUUGGAUGCUGAUUGUAUGAGUGUGAUUGGUUUGAUAGGAUGGUGGAUACAUACAGAAACACUCUGUCUUGGAGCUUCAAAAAGCAUGGCCAGGCUCAUAAGUGAGUUCAUAUCAUGCAUGCACACAAAAAUGAAAUAUGAACAUUGCAUACACUUCAUACUAAAAUAAUCAUACGAGAGAGAGAGACGGGGAUAUUGGAUUGAUGAAACAUUGAACCGAACCGGAGGACUUCUAACCGUACCAAGAUUCGAACAUACGGUAUAUGUGGUAGACGACUAAGCCUCUGCUCAUUUAUUUAGGUUCUUGUUUUGCAAAAUAAGAGGAGAAUAAUUGGUCUUCCUUGUGUCUAGGAACCAGACAGACAUAGAUUUUUGAGUUCUAUUGCUUUUGGAACCAUGCCUCACUGCGUCAAAAAAUAACCACUCAUAUAUCACAAUGAAGCUCCUUCUUUGUCUCUCUAUCUUCUUCAUCUCUUCUCUCCCAUCCUCUUACAGCUGCAACUCAAAAGACAAAAACACCCUCCUUCAAAUCAAGAAACAUUUUAACAACACGGAAUUCCUCUCCUCAUGGGAUCCUCAAACCGACUGUUGUACAAGCUGGACAGGCAUCGAGUGCACUAACGGCCGCGUCACAUUAUUCUCUAUGGCCAACUACAGAACCCUCUACGGUCAGAUCCCUGACCAGAUCGGUGACCUCCUUGAACUCCGUACACUCGAAAUGAGUCACAUGAAACUAACCGGAAACAUACCACGCACCAUCACCAAACUCAAGCACCUCGUCUUCAUCUUCUUACUGUGGAACAAACUAUCCGGUCCAAUUCCUGAUUACAUCAGCGAGCUCAAAAGCGUUACGUUCUUGGACAUCUCCUUUAACAAGUUUACUGGUCCUAUUCCCGGUUGGCUUACUCAGAUGCCUAAGCUUCAGACCUUUCAGGCCGACAACAAUUCGCUAACCGGUCCUGUACCGAACUCUUUCGGUUCCUUCGUAGGCAGCGUCCCUAAUCUCUUCUUGAAAAACAAUAAGCUCUCAGGAAAAAUACCGGAGUCGUUGUCAAAGAUGGACUUUCAAGCAGUAGUUCUGAAGGGAAACGGUUUCACAGGAGAUGGUUCGAUGUUUUUCGGAGGGAACAAAAGAACAGUACAAGUGGAUCUGUCGAGAAACUUGUUUGAGUUUGAUCUCUCCAAGAUUAAGUUCGGUAAGAGCCUAGCUAUGUUGGAUCUGAGCCAUAACCGAAUCUUCGGGACGCUUCCUAGGGAGCUGACUCAGCUACAUCUCGAGCGUUUCAACAUUAGUUACAAUCGUCUUUGCGGAAAAAUCCCACGUGGUGGUCAACUUCAAACCUUUAAAUCAUAUGAGUUCGCUGAGAACCGCUGUCUUUGUGGGUCCCCACUUAAGAAGGCUUGUUAAGUUUGUUUUAAUGGCGUGACAACAAAUAAUUACGUUUUAUCUGUACGAUGAUGAUGUAUUGAUUAUAACUGCUUAUCAAAUGAAUUGUUCCUUGGAUGAAUUAAUGAUGUUGUAUAAUUUGUUCUU